AAAGAGGUGUGUAUGUCUGUUCGACAUGGCAGAAACUGCUCCAGCUGCCACUCCGGCCAAAGCGCAGAAGAAAAAGACGAGCUCGAAGCCUAAGAAGACCGGCCCUAGUGUUUCAGAUCGGAUUGUGAAAGCUGUGUCGGUUUGCAAGGAGCGUCACGGGCUCUCGUUAGCUGCGCUCAAGAAGGCUCUAGCUGCUGGCGGCUACGAUGUAGAGAAGAAUAAUGCCCGUGUAAAACUGGCUGUAAAAAGCCUUGUGAGCAAAGGCUCUCUCGUGCAGACCAAAGGUACCGGUGCAUCCGGAUCUUUUAAAAUUAACAAGAAGCAGGCAGAAGUCAAGGAGAAAGUCACAAAGAAAAAAGCGUCCCCAAAAAAGAAGGCAGCUGCGAAGAAGCCCGCUGCCGCCAAGACGGUGAAGAAGCCGGCAGCAAAGAAACCCGCAACGGCAAAGAAGGCGGCUAAGAAACCUGUCGCAGCCAAGAAAGCCGCCAAGAGUCCCAAAAAGGUGAAGCCGGCUGCAAAACCCAAAAGGGUGACAAAGAGUCCAAAGAAGCCGAAGGCAUCAAAGCCUAAAGCUGCAAAACCCAAGACUGUGAAGAAGGCUGCACCCAAAAAGAAGUAAUCUGUUUACAUGGAUUGAUAUAUGUACACACGAACGGCUCUUUUCAGAGCCCCCAUCUUGUCGAAAAGGGC